AUGGUCUACAGGGCAGGGGGCCCCGCCAGCCGCUGCGAUCUGCACCCGCUGCUAGGAGACGGGGGCCCCUCUCCUCCAGCAACUUGUUCUCCAGCUUUGGAGGCCUCUUCGGGCAGCAAAAAGAUGCAGCCUUCUGGCCGCGAUGAGGAGACGCCACUAGAUAACAAACCCCUCAAACACCCUCAGAAAUGGGCCCUCACUCUUCUUGCUGCUCGAGCUUCUCUUGGAAACGCGUUGCUGCCUCUCGCCGUGCGGCUUCCUUCUUCAGCAAUUGACAUCAACGAGUGGCUCGCUUGCCAAGUGUAUGACAUCUUCAACGAGUCGACGGUGGUUUGGGGUUUUGUGCAAGAGGUUUGCAACUGCCGGCGGCUGACAGCUGGCGACUUCAGCCUCGUGGCCCCCGCAGAACCCUCAGCCCCAGCCAGAGACCACAUUAAAGGGGCCCUUGCGAAGUGCCGCUCCAUUCUUCAAGACCCCCGCAUUUUCGUUUGCCACCGCGGCCAGGAGUUUCCCCGCAACUUCCCUUCUUUCGUUUCGCACAUACUUGUGCAGCUGCUGCAGAUGUACUGCCACAUCUACAGGCAGCACUUUGACUGGCUUCUCGAGACGGACACUGUGGCGCAUGUAAACUGCUGCUUCAAACAUGCCCUUUUCUUCGGAAUGGAAUUCACCCUUGUGAAGCUUGACGACGUAGCCCCAAUACGGGGCCUCGCCCUGCACUUCCUAGAGCAGGCCCGGCGGGAGAUUGCGGAGGCGGAAGCUGCAGAGGGCACGCAGCAGCAGCAGCAGCAGCUGUUGCUGCAGCAGCAGCUGCAGCAGCAGCAGCUGCUGCUGCUGCAGUCGCAGCAACAGAAAAGGAUCCCGCAGCAGCAGCAGCAGCAGCAACGGGACUCCGCCCUACUGCAGCAGAA